GCCUGUUCCUUCCCAGCUGCAGGCCUCCUCUCGUCCCCUUCAAAGAAAACGCAUCCCAUCGCAUAUCCUACCUUGGUCCUCCUCCUCCUCCUCCUCCUCCAUCUCCCAUCUCUCCUCCCCAUCAGCCAAGGCCUCUGGAACUUGGAGCAGUUUUUCUCUCCCUCUCUCUUCCUAUCGUCUUUCUCUCGUGGUUCUUUUCUUCCAUUCAAUUCCUCGUCUCAUCUUCCAUCUCAACCUGCCUCUCGUCUCUCUUCCGUCGUCGCCUUAUUCCUUUUGCAAGCAAUCUCCCGUGCAAUCGAUUGUCGCAGUCGCAGACGCAGAACAGCGAGUGCAGAGCUCCUCUCACUCAAUUUCAAGCUCCCGCGCUUCCUCUGCCACCUCAAACAUCCUCCUCUCUGCUUGUCUCGCUGCUACAGCCCUCGUACCAGCAUCUCACAGUCGUCGGCUUCUCUACUGCUCUUCCGUACAAGCGUUUUCCUCUUGUCGGUUCAUCUUUUCGCCAUAUCUCGCAAGUAUUCCACCUCGUAUUUUCGAGUCUGAAAACGCGCCUGUUGUCCUUUCGAGUCGCACGAAGAUCUGCCUAGUAUCCAUCAAAACUUUUCGUCGCUAUUCACCAUCAUCUUGGUGUUUUCCGAGUUCAUCCACACUUUUUGCAGAUCCCGCGCUCUCCGCUUUCUAGCAUUAAUAUCACGACGUUCACGCCUUCUCUCUCAACAUCGUCCUAUAUUUCAUCCAAUAUACUUCGUCAUGGCUGAUAACGGACCUCCCCCAACCAGCGCGCAGCUUCCUCCUCCUCCGCAGACCACUGCUGGUGCGCCUGGUUACGAGCCGCACAAUGGCCAGUCCCAAUCUACCCAUAUGCCACCUCCACCUCUGCCUCCGGUAAUCAUUCCACAAAACACAAACCCUAUCCCAACCGCCAUUAGCUCUCCCAUGGGCGACAAUGGUGUGGUCAUGUCCCCGGAUAGCGCUGGUGGUUUUGUUCGUCGCGCAGCUCCCGAGCCAAACAAGCGUGCUCUUUAUGUUGGUGGACUUGAUCCUAGAGUCACCGAAGAUGUCCUCCGUCAAAUCUUUGAAACAACUGGUCAUGUCCAAAACGUCAAAAUCAUUCCUGACAAGAAUGUAGGUGCCGUCAGUAUCAGCUCUCCCACAGAUGUCAGUUUUCUUGAGAAUUCCGCCGUGUAAAAGCGGUUCCUUUCCUUUCCAUGGUGAUAUCUCACUGAUAAAAGGUUUGGCAUGCUAAUUACUACCUAGUUACAGAAUAAGGGAUUCAACUAUGGCUUUGUUGAAUACGACGAUCCCGGAGCAGCUGAGCGUGCCAUGCAGACUCUGAAUGGAAGACGAGUUCACCAAGCUGUAAGCAUAGACAGGAUUCUUGAUUAUGGGGUCACAAAUGCUAAUAAUAUUCACAGGAGAUUCGAGUCAACUGGGCUUAUCAAUCCAACACCUCCAACAAAGAGGACACAUCCAACCACUUCCAUAUCUUCGUCGGCGACUUGUCCAAUGAAGUCAACGAUGAAGUUCUCCUUCAAGCUUUCUCGGCCUUUGGCUCAGUCUCUGAAGCUCGUGUCAUGUGGGACAUGAAGACUGGUCGUUCCCGUGGUUAUGGUUUCGUUGCCUUCCGCGAACGACAGGACGCGGAGAAGGCCUUGAGCUCCAUGGAUGGAGAAUGGCUCGGCUCUCGUGCUAUUAGAUGUAACUGGGCAAACCAAAAGGGACAGCCAUCAAUUUCUCAACAGCAAGCCAUGUCUGCAAUGGGCAUGACUCCAACUACUCCUUUCGGUCACCACCAUUUCCCAACUCACGGAGUCCAGAGCUAUGAUAUGAUUGUUCAGCAGACCCCAGCUUGGCAAACAACCUGCUAUGUUGGCAAUCUUACUCCAUACACCACCCAGACCGAUCUCAUUCCGCUUUUCCAGAACUUUGGUUAUGUAGUUGAGACCCGCUUCCAAGCUGAUCGUGGUUUUGCGUUUGUCAAGAUGGACUCUCAUGAGAACGCUGCAAUGGCUAUUUGUCAAUUGAGUGGUUACAACGUGAACGGUCGUCCUCUGAAGUGUUCUGUAAGUAUUUUGAUUCAUUACCCUCUUCCUCUUAGCUUGCAGCUGCUAAUUCCCUUUUAGUGGGGUAAGGAUAAGGCACCUACCGCAGACGGAUUUCCAGCUGGAACCCCUACUGGUUAUAGCCCACAAGCUGGUCAAACUCCUGGUGGCUAUUCUGGAACACCUUCUGCCUACUUCCCUCAGUAUGGUGGAGGAAUGCCAGGUCAACCAACAGGUCCUCAAUCAGCUGGUCCAAUGUCCAACCAAACUCCACCUAUAUUCCCUGGCCAACAAGGAUACGGCGGUCCGCCAACUCAAUCACCAAACCAAUACCCCAACCAACAACAGAUGGGUUACGGAGGCUCUACCAGCGCUGGUGGUUACGCUCGUGGUGGUCAGACUCAAGCACCUACUGCGCAAUGGAAUGCUCCCCCAGCCCAAAACUUUGGAAAUGGCUUCGGUGGAUAUCAAGGUUAAGCACUAUUUCUUUUUCAUUUCCAGGUUCCUUGACGAUUGCAGUUUCACGAAUUAUUUGACGAUCUCGUAUGGUCUUGGAGGAAACUAGGGAGAUCAAUUUUGGCACUAAUUUUUCACGUUUUUCCUGCGUUUGCCUUUCCUUGCGCUACGGUCUUAAGCCAUUUAGGCUAGGCCCUUCAGCAUAAAAUCUGCAUUAGGACUGUUCUUUCUUUAAAACUGCUCUCCUCUUUUGCUUUUACUAGUUUCUGUGUUCAUUAGUGUUUGGAAAGGUGAUUGUUUCUUCAAACCAAAAAGUUGUUUUCCUUGGCUAUUGUCCUUUCUUGACUUUGGAACUUGGAUCUCUUUUGGCUUUGAUUUGUAGCCAGAUCUCCUUCGCCCUUUUCGUCUUAAUGAGUCACGAAUCUUCUAUAGCGACUACCCAGUUCGUACAGUAUCAAAAUUCCAGCUAGUCUGUCGUCGUUGUCUUGGUAUGAGCAUGUAGCUUGUAAUGAAAGGAUGGUGUGUAUGAAGUGUAAUGAAAUGAGAAUAUGACAUGAAGAUAUUUCUUGA